GCAGUCCACACUUCCAGUAAAUCUGACUUUUGGUGAUCUGCCUCUGACAACAUGAAGCUGGCUGUGCUGUUCCUCGUUGCAGUGUGCUGCUGCUGCUCUCUGGGCUUCGCAGGGUCUAAGGAGCGGAAUAAAUUAGAAGAGGUCCGGGAACAUCUGAAGAAUCUGAGAACGACUCUGCUGCAGAACAAAGGGACGAUGCUGCACUCUCCACCGCACGAUGUCGAGGACUGCUGCUACCGGUCGGCCCUCCAGUGCUUCCAUUCAAACCUGGUGGUCCACUUCAAAGCCACCAGCAAAACACAAACAAAAUUUAACAGGAGCCUUAGGCACCCCUUGACUAUAAGCGGUGUGAAACACUGUCCUCCACCAAACAACACGGUAAGAGGAAAUGUCGCCGGUUUGUUUCACUAUCUAUCAGCACGGAGAGCUCGCUCGUGUGAAAGCUGCAGACGAGGGCGUGCAAAGUUAACUUCUCCUCCUUCUCCCCCCAUCAGGCAACUAUCUGCCCCAGCUGUGACUUACAACCUAAAGUGAGCGUCGAGGUAUUCAUCGACAGGCUGAACUCUCUAAUUCAAAAGGCCAUAUCCAGACUGGGGUCGAAGUGAGAAACAGAAGAACGACGCCGAUCGACACUAAGCUGACAAUAUGCUAAACAUGGAAAAGUCUACAUGUUGUACUUUUUAAACUAGUAUUUAACUUAUUUAAUAUAUAUAUUUAUUGAGUUUAUUUAGAGGAGGUAAAUCCCAAGCGAAUGAAGAAUGUAUUUUCAGAACAGCUGCUUUGCCGCCACCCAGUGGACUGGACCAGGCAGUUUCUCGAUUUCACUCGACAAGUGGAAGUUGAUUCAUUAACAUGUUGAAGUUCUCAAAGAAUAAAAUGUAUACAAUGACAUUUAUACUGUGUAUGAUGGGCCUCAGUACAGACAUUCUUUCAUUGACCUAACUUGUACAAUUUAAAAUAUAAUAAAUAAAU